UUUAUGUUUUCUGUACUCUCUGUGGUCCUCUUUGGAUGGUUUUUGUUUGAUAGUUUCCUUGGUGGAUAUGAAAGAUUAAUGCAGCAGAAACACCUGCAGCAGUUCCUCAAUGACAGCUGUAAAAGUGCAGCGGAACAGCGGUGAGAAGACAGCCCGACUGCUGUGCCCCCAUAAAGCAAACUGUUAAACACGGUGUCACAGCUCGCCCCGGCAAUCACAAUUGACUUUCUUUUCAUGAGGCUUCAAUACGGAUGUAGCCUUUUUUAUUAUUUUUUUUUUUUUACUGUGCGCACUUUCGACCUGUACCAUAUGCCUUACAUAUCAAUCCAUUUGUGCGUGUGUGUACACAAGCCUUCUCGUGUUCGUGUUCACGUCAUCUGCACAAGGGAGGGACUUUCAGUUUUUUUUCAUCAUCACUGAACACAUCAAAGCUGAAUUAGACGAGCGGUAAGCAGAUGCAUAAUUCAUCUUAUUAAGUAGCAGGAGAUCACAGAACACUAAGUCAAAGUUAAAUAAGCAUAAAAGCGCGUCAUGUUUCGUCUCAUCAGACCUCUCUGCACCCAGUGUUACGCCGUGCCAGCGCAGGAGACAAAGGGCGAGAAAUGUAUCGCAACCAGGCCACAUCUGUUGAGUCAGAAUGUGUUUGCAGCAAAGUUCAAGUUCCACACAUAUGGUAUGUGCCGCGUACGAUGUUGUCUAUGUGGGUUCUUCUCUGCCUGCUCUGGUUUCCUCCCACAGACACACACGGGGCGAAGUGGAAACUCUGAAGUUGUGACUGUGAUAGGCUGAUGAACUGUCACUGCGGCAUGCUAGUCUCCAACCCGUGCUGGAGUUCUCCAAUGUAGAGAGAGAGCAUCUCAAGCCGAGGCCCUUGUUUCAUGAGCAGCUAUGCACGACGGCUCUUCCUCAAAGAGCUGUCAAAGGAGCUUGUCACACCACACAUGAGGAGUCAACUGGAAGGCUGCCCCCAACUGCAAACCCCGAUUAUUGAAGCAAUGGAAAGGUGUGGGGUGACAAAAGCCACAACCCAGCCACAGGAAAGAAGCAGACAGGGCCAACCAAAGAGAAAGAGGUGUCAGAUCUGCCCAAGUAACAAAGAUCGCAAAGUCAACAAUAGGUGUGGGAAAUGCAAUGUACCUGUGUGCAAUGAUCACAGCCAGAAACGGGUAGUUUGUCUGAACUGCAUACAGUGAUGAGACGAGAAGGCAAAACAGGGAAAAGAGAGAGGAACUGUCAAUGACUGGACAGUUACAGACAGACAGACAGACACAAUGGAUGUUCACAUUUUUCUAUUGCUGUUCUGGGUAAUUUUCUUUUUUAAAAAUGUUAAAAAGUGAAAAAUAAAGAUAUUUCAAACAUGAAAUCAUUCUUGUGUGGUCCUAAAUAUAAUACUAAAUAUUAUACAAGUGAUUAUUCUUAACCAAAAUGACAAAAAUGACAUAAAAACACAUUGAUUCUAAUAGUCAUUUUUGACCCACUUAUGGAAGAGUGUAGGGUCCAGUCACUCGUGCAUCUAAGGGUUAAUGAUGCACAGAUGGAGGCGGACCUUGCACCGGUAAAGUGACUUUAUUCAAAGAAAUGAAAGACACCCGAUCGAGCAUGAGGCCAAAAUCAAACAGGAAAUUCGUCACAUGACCGUGUGUUCUCUAACUGCAGCGGCGGGCGGUACAAGAAGCACUUAAUGCAUCACAACAGCGCGCUAUAUGAGAUACAAACUUUCUACGUUAAUAAAAUGAGCAAACUAUUUGAUUUACUUUAACAGUUUGACCACUCCUAAAGUGUUUCACCAAAGUGUUUCAUGAUAGUGGAUGCACAGUCAAAUAGUGAACAUGCUGAAGCUUGAAUACCUGCAGUAAUACCUGUUUAGGAGGCAGUUGAAUGUCAGACAUACUCCUUCAAAUGUGACUCCAGUAGAUUCUUUGUCCUGGCUUACGUAUAUCAUGAUGUCAAAAGGUGAUUUGACACAUUUUCAGGACCUGAAGAAAUAGUGGCCGUUCACAUGUUGCGGUUAAAAAAAACAAGGUUGAAGAGUCGGGACAGAUGGUAAAGCUCCGGGUAGCCAAAAGGCCUCCAUAUAUUUAACUUUGACUGAUAUUUAUUACAGAAGAAAGAAAAGAUAUCCGCUGGCUGUGAUUGUCUGUUCUUCAGCACCCUAAAAAAAAGGGGGUGCUUGGGAACACUUGUGCACCGAGACAUCAAUGGAUUUAUGUUUGCAAAACCGUAGCAUGUGAACUGCCCUCUAUGCUGUUGCUAAGAACUACAGUGCGCUGCUGUUUUAGGAAGUCAGAAAGUAUUAAGAGAUGGAUUAAUAGAUUGCAUGUCUUGGUCCUCCAACUACAAUAUGAAAAAUAUAGAAGAACACCAGGCCCGUCCUUUAACGUAUUAAAAGGUUGGCUCUUCUAAAAUAUAUAUUCCAUAUAUUCCUACACCUGAUAAUGCAGCAAGUUGCUAGUUUUUAGUCGCGUAGGUUUUGAGAUAUCUCUUGUUGAGACUUCUGCCUCCACCUCAACACAAUGGAGCAGAUUGUUGAGCUCCAAACGGCAAAACAUUUUAAAAACUCCACAGCAACAUAUUCUUUUCAGAAAUAACGUCCUUGUUACUUUUUUAUUUUUCAUACUUUCCUUUUUAUUGCAUUCCUUGAUCAUUCUUUCAAACCACAGAAAUGUCGAUCGUUUGUGGUUGGGACCGUUUCUCCAUUAGAAGAGUAGAUUUGAAGUCUAACGGGGCGAAGCAAUUAGAAGCCGUUAUUCAGACAAGUCGCCCAUGAAUCACUUUAGUGAUUGAAAGCUGAGGUCAUCAGUGUGUGUUGGGUUCUGGUUUGUGUUCCCAAACAUGGCACAUGAUUUUUAGUGGAUUUAACGUGCACUUUAAGGCCGAGUACGAAGGAAGUGACGCCCCGCUGUGGAUUAUUUGCCAUCGUCAAAAAAAAAAUGUAACCACACAGCGAAACAGACAUUUUCCAUUCAACGCGUCGCCCAUUGAAUCUUGCUCACACAUUCUAAGAUCAUUUCUCCCCUUUUUAUUUUUUUUUUCUCGCCUCCUUUUUAAUUCAUCUUUUAUUUUGUUAGCCACUUGAGCGUCGAGAAAUGAAAGCAUUUGCAUUGAAAGGACAGGUGGGUGUGAGACACCAGCAUGUCUGAAUCGCAGCAUUAAGAGCAGGGGGGGGGUUCAAAAGUAAGAACCAUUCAGGCGGCAGGAGGAGCAGGGAUUUCAGCAGAUAUUAAAAGAUGAUUGUGCGUGGGCUUUUUUUUUUCCUCCUGUGCUCCGGAGAAAGAAUGUAAACCCUGUAUCAGUCAGACCGAGGAUAAUAAACCGCAAGAAAACAUCAGAACACAGCACAACAAACACAAACAAAAAAGAAAGAUGGGGGAAAAGUGCGGCGUAUAAAUAGUUCAAAUAUUUCAAGUGAUUUCAGAAUGCGAUGGUGAAAUACUGGAUGUUUGUGUCCUCAGCCACGGCAAAGUCUUUGACUCUGUUGUUUUCACUGUAACUGUAUCAAGGCCAUACACAUCCACAGAUGCAUAAAUAUAACAGAAAUCAAAGUCAUUAUGAUGGCUAGCUGUCUGUUGGCUGCAUCUUGAUGUAGCAAUUUGAAUCCAUGUAUUCCCCACCAUAAAAAAAACCCCCAACAAAGAUACAUACAUUAUUAAAAUGUAAAAUAAUUACACACACAAACACAUACUGUGUAUAUAUAUAUUGACAGCUGCAUCAACACUGAACAUCACUGGUCAUUUUUCAAUGCUUGUCUGUGAUGAAGUCUUUGUUGUCUCUUUGUCUCACACAUCACUUUUUUUUUAAUUUGUUCUCAUUGCAAGAAAAAGAAAAAGGUUCAGAGUUCAAAGUGGUUUCUUCUCUUUGAUACUUUUGUUACUUUAAUUAAAUUGGACACGUGAAUGCAUGUCAGAACACAGCGCGUAUCACCUCGUUUUUUAUUUAUUUUGCGGAAUAACAUUACCAGCUGCUUUGAUAAUCUCUCAAUAGUUGACACACAGGAAGUACUGUAGACGUGAAUCAUGCACACAUCGCUGUGGAGACGCCGGCCAGCCACCUCCAACGUUCUGCACCAACCCUCAGGAACACUGAGACGCAGUGUGGGUCCUACUAAGGGCUGGACCAUUUUCAAUGGGAUUAUUUUGACUGAUAUGGCAAUUGCGAUAUGAUUUGCAAUAACAGAGGGAACAAUUGCAUCAUUUUCUACAUCACUAUUCUCAAUUUCAUUGAAAACUAUAUUCAAAUGGUGUUUAUUUUUCUACAGAUCUGUACCAGACAAAGAUGUUUUCUUAAGUCUGUAGAAUAUGAUGUGUAGGCCAGGACCCUGCAGCAUGACAAUAUUUCUUUUAAAAAGGUAGUUUAAUACACAAUUUGCCAUUAACAAAUGUUCAAAAAAUUGCUGUCGGCCAUAUUCAGGUGGCUACCUCUGGGUCUGGAAAGUGAAGCCAAUGCAUUAUAUAUAUUAUAUUUCAUUUUUUACUCUAUUUUUUAUUUCUUUACCUGUAUCUAUAAAUGCUGUUGUAGUGAAUUUUUUUUUGACUUUUGUCCAGGCCUCUUCCUGUCCCUUCCUUCACAGAUUAUCAUGUCUGCUGAUGAUUCCAGCUGGCACUACCUCCAGAUUAAAAUGACUAUCAGAUACAUGUUGUUGAAGUUUAACUGUUUGGAGCUGGAUUCUUUCAUCCUAUUGUGAUCAAUAGUUCCGUUUCCUCACUUCUGUGGUUUUCAGAGAGUCUCCGUCACCUGCACUGACCGACCUCAUGUCGUCCUUGUGUUCACAGGCCCGACCUUCAGUCUUUUAACAUCUCCUGUCUUUCCUCAUCAGAACCAUGUGGAACCAGGUGAACAGCAACGACCAGACGGGCCAAGUGGCCGCCAGGAUGGAGACCACUUUGGGUAACGCGAGCAUCUCCAUCUCCCAGCAGCAGGCACCCAAGAAAUUUGCGCCCGUGGUCGCACCCAAGCCCAAGUUCAACCCUUACAAACAUGCGGGAGAGCCCACCUUCUCUGACAGCGCAGAGGAUUACCCCCCCCCUCCGCCACCUGCCGAAGAGUCAACCGGUUUCUCACCACCCCCUGGUUCCUUCCCGUCUCCUCCACCGAUGAACUCCUGCGAUUAUCAGAUGAGAGGACCAGAGAAGACCCUGCAGGAGAGGCGCUCCAGUCUGGAUGCUGAGAUCGACUCCCUCACCAGCAUCCUGGCCGACCUGGAGAGCAGCUCGCCCUACAAGCCACGCAUCGCACAAAACUCCGUAUCCUCGGCAGCCUCCACCCCCAGCGCUCCAGUGACCGGUUACAAGCGCAUGGUCAUCCCAACCCAGCCACCUCUGACUGCCACGAAGAAGUCUACGCCCAAACCUCAGGCACCCGGGGGGGUCUCGUCCAUCCCCCCUUCUCCUGCCAGCCCUGUGGCCAAGGCUCAAAGCCACACCGCUCCUCAGCCUGUACCAGCCUCCUAUGCUACAGCCUCAACCCCAAGCCAGCCAACCUUCAACGUCCAGGUGAGAUCGGCCCAGCCCGGCCCCCAGCAUCAAGCCCCAAUUGGCCACCACUUUGGCCAGCAGCCCAUUCGCAGCCCUGCACAGGUGCAGUACAUGCCUGCCCAGCCCAAAGGUCCCGACUUUGCCUAUGGACCACCACAGCCCGGCUUUUCCCAGAUGGCUCCGGUCGGAUACCAAGAACACCAUCCAGGAGUACCCCAAGUAGGCGGCUUAAUUCCCAGGAGACCUGAGCCGGCCCCUGUCCAGGCAUACCAACCUCCAGGCCCCAGAAAGACCUACAUCACAGAUGUACCACCAAGCCUGGUUCCUUACACUGCUGGACCAGCUAUUCCGCCAAAGGGCGGCGCUCACAUGGCCCACCCGGAGGACGAGCUGGAGCGCCUGACCAAGAAGAUGCUGUUUGACAUGGACAACCCGCCGUCCGAGGAAUAUUUUGGGCGCUGUGCCAGCUGCGGAGAGAACGUGGUGGGUGAGGGCACCGGCUGCACCGCCAUGGACCAGGUCUUCCAUGUCGACUGCUUCGUCUGCAUGACCUGCAGCACCAAGCUGCGCGGCAAGCCUUUCUACGCUGUUGAGAAGAAGGCGUACUGUGAGCCUUGCUAUAUUAACACCCUGGAGAGCUGCACCAUCUGCAGUAAGCCCAUCAUGGAGCGCAUUCUGCGGGCCACGGGGAAAGCCUACCACCCCCACUGCUUCACCUGCGUGGUGUGCCACCGCAGCCUUGACGGCAUCCCCUUCACCGUGGACGCUUCCAACCACAUCCACUGCAUCGAGGACUUUCACAAGAAGUUCGCUCCGCGCUGCUGUGUGUGCUCUGAGCCUAUAAUGCCGGCGCCGGGCCAGGAGGAGACCGUCCGCAUCGUGGCCCUGGACCGCGACUUCCACGUGCAUUGUUACCGCUGUGAGGACUGCGGCUCUCUGCUCUCAGAGGGGGACAACCAGGGCUGCUACCCUCUGGACGGACACGUCCUCUGCAAAAACUGUAACAGCAGCCGCAUCCAGGACCUCACCGCCAAGGCCACCACUGACCUCUGAGCAACCCGCCCGGUCACCUCCACUGUGAUAACCCUCCCUCUCUCCCUGUCUCUCUCUCUCUCUCUCUCU